UAAAGCUUCAUCAUCACAACAUUUCUCGACUAAUAGACGCCUGUUUUUCCUUCCCGAACUGUUUAUAUAGAUUAUCUGCAAAGCAUGCUGAAGGGUCUUACAUUGCUACGGUAGAAACUUUUCAGUGUAUUUGUCUAUACGAUCGCCAUGAGUGGCCAUCUUCAUCGCUCGUUGCUGGCUGUGACAACACGCAAUUCCCUCGCCCCGUUCCUUUAUCAAACUCGCACACUCUCUGGAUCUUUCCCGCGGCCGCUACGAUGUCCCUCACAGGCAUACUCUACUUCGAGUCCCAAUACCCCCGACGACCCGUCCCGGACAGAAUCUUCCCAGAAUGACAGCUGCGCAAAUACGCCAGCGGACUCGCAGCCGCAGACUGAGCACGGCAACGAAACCACGGAAAGACGCAGCUAUCUGCAUAAACGAGCGGCCACGGUCUCGAAAAGAACCCCCCACGUGAAACCAAACCCUCUUACCAUGACCCGCGGCGAGAAACAAGUGUUCAGCGACCUGCUGGAACAGCUGGGGGCUGUUCAGAAUGACACACCGACCGCCGAAACGCAGAAGCCGGAGCUGAGUGAGGAGGACAAGAAUGAAAUGGCGCAGAUCUCAGAGAUUUUCGAGGAGGUGCUUAAAGACAUAAAGCAGAAAAAACGCAAAAGUGCGACGACGGAUUCCGCGGAGGGCCAAUCUGCAGAGACGGAUACCCCGGUUACACUCCAAAAUCUAGAGUUGCAGGAGAGACUCCGGAAGUCCGAGUACAGUAGUGAGGAUAUCUCGGAGUUGCUGGAGAGCAAUCAGAUCUCCAUGGAGGAGGCGAUUGAGUUGGUUGUGAAGAAAGAGGCGGGAAAGAUUGAGAGCGCCCUCCGGGCAGCCAUUGACCAAGGCAAGGAAGAUACGGGCGUGUGGGACAUUUGCAGAGAAAGGAUAUUCUCCAUGCUGCAGCACCUCGGGGAUGUCCGUCUUGCACAGGGUCUUGAUGUGGGCCAGGAUAAGAACCAAGCGGCCCAGGCCCCUACGGAACCCUCGCAUCUGGAGGUUCCCGAAUCGGUCCCGGUGGAGCCCGUCGUCACGGCUCUAUAUCCCAAGAUGCUACUUGUGGCCUUCCGUCUUCUCAACUUGCACUUCCCUAAUUCCCCGCUUAUCAGCCAAUUCCGAGCCACGAUCAAGUCGCAUGGCCGCGCCUCUGCCGUUCUAGGUAGUUCGACAGGGCUUUACAAUGAGUUGAUCUACUUCUACUGGCGCGGCUGCCACGACAUCCCCGGGGUGGUUUCUCUCUUGCGCGAGAUGGAGGUGAUUGGCAUCGAGCCCAACCAUCGCACGUGCGGGCUGUUAACCGGAAUCGUCAACCAGCGGGACCGGGACUUGAAGCAGCAUUGGAAACGGAUGCGUAAUGAGAAGCGUGGUCCGCGCCGUGAGCCGUGGUGGGAUCUAGCGCCGAAUCGGAAGGCCGUCCGCGAGUUGCUCGGGCCAGAGGGGUGGAUGCACCGGAUUGAGCGACGAGUGCAGGAGAAAAGACCUUCCCAGUAGCACUGGUCUCACGUGCCCAGAGCAUAUGAACAUACUGUAUAGUAAGACAAUCACAUAAUAGAAGUAUAGAAACACCCACCAAGACCGGAUGUAGUAAUAGUACAAAUCAUACAGGGCCACCCAUUAAAUCUUCAAUCCCCAGCUCCUCCCCAGCCCUAUAGCCGUCGACCCCACAAACCCUAAACACUGCUUGAAUCCGGUCAGCUUCUCCCCAAUAGCAGCACUAUCCUCGACACGCCGCUCAACAAACGC